AGAGUUUACUGAUUUGUCUUCCUACUCAACUAAAAUAAGAAGUGACUUCUGCAUCUCUGAAGACCUCAAGAUCUGAACUACUGUGGAAGAAAUUUCCUGUGAGGUCAUCCAUAACUUGAGAGAUGGAGAAUGAAUACAAGAAAAUUGUUCUGCUGAAAGGAUUGGAGCCCAUCAGUGAUUAUCAUUUCAGCAUGGUUAAGUCUUUACUGGCCUAUGAUUUAAAACUGACCAGAAAAACUCAAAAUGAACAUAAUAAAAUUCAGAUUGCUGAUUUGAUGGCAGAAAUGUUCCAAGGGGCUGCCGGUGUUGACAAACUAAUAGAACUGUACAAAGACAUAGAAGAACUUAAAGAUCGUGCCAAAACUCUUAAAAAUGAAAAGUUAAAAGUUCUAAGGAGAUGGAAAGCAAGAGGAAUAACUCCAGUGAAAAAAAGCAAGCAGGAUAAAGCCAGUACUGACGAAUCUACAUCCACCACAAACAAAGGUUUCAGACCUGAAUCAAGCAACAAUACGCCUAUGUUGAAGAAACCAAGACUGAAGGCUGUACCUAAGGAAGCUUCCACAGAAGAGGAUUUCCAGAGGGGCCCCAAAGAAGUGAUGGUACUGAAAGCAACAGAACCGUUUUCAUAUACCGUCAGACAAGGGGAGAGAAAGAUGUUUCAUGCCACAGUGGCUACUGAGAGCGAAUUCUUCCAAGUGAAGGUGUUUGAUGUCAGCCUGAAGGAGAAGUUCAUCCCAAAGAAAGUCAUCGCCAUAUCAGAUUAUAUUGGCCGCAAUGGGUUCCUGGAGGUCUACAAUACCUCAUCUGUGUCUGAUGUUAAUGCUGACCAAAAGAUGGAGGUCUCAAAGUGACUCAUGAUAAAUGCUAAUGCAACUCCUAAAAUCAUUCAUCUGUACUCGCAAGCUCCAGGAACAUUUGUGAAUGGAGUGUAUCAGGUGCAUAAGAAGGAAAAAGUGUGGAAUAAUUUCCUAUAUUACGAAAUACAAGAUAAUACGGGGAAGAUGGAUGUCGUGGUGUAUGGACGACUGGCCAAAAUCAACUGUGAGGAAGGAGAUAAACUUAAACUCAUCUGCUUUAAAUUGGCGUUAGGUGAGAGUAAGAGGCAGCUGAGAUCCAUGAUUCACAGUUUCAUCAAGCCUGGUGGUAAGCAGCAGGUUGCAGGAAGAGUAGCGGGGGAGUUCCCUAUUGUCCUGGUUCAGCCUCAGUCUUCGGCAGGCACUGUGUCCCUGAGUCUUAGGGAGAUGGAGAAAGAAAUCAAGACAAUUGUUCUGCUGAAAGGAUUACAGCCCAUCACUGAAUAUCAAUUUAGCAUGGUGAAGUUUUUAUUGGCCAAUGAUUUAAAACUGACUAAAACAAAAGAAAAAGAAUAUAAUAGAAUUCAUAUUUCUAAGUUAAUUGUAGAAAAGUUCCGAGGAACCACAGCUAUUGACAAACUAAUAAAAUUGUACAAAGAAAUAGAAGAUCUUAAAGACUGUGCUAAAACCCUUCAAAAGGAAAAGUUAAAAGUUCUAAAGAGAUGGAAAGCGAGAGGAACAACUCCAGUGAAACAAAGCAAGCAGGAUAAACCCAGUACUGAUGAAUCUACAUCCACCACAAAGAAAGCUUUGGGACCUGAAUCAAUCAACGAUAAGCCUGUGUUGAAGAGAAAGAAAAACAAAACCACAAAAACUGAUGAAUCUAAGAUAGAGCUGACCCAGGAACAGAGUCAGCUUUCAGAACCUUCAGGAACCAGCAGACAGUCAACAAAGAGCCUUCCCCAGACUCCUCAGAUGCCUCCACCAAUCCCAUCCAGCAGUUCCUCAACCAAGAGAAAGAAAGGCAUCACCAUUAAAACUGAGGGAUCCAAGAGGAUGAAACUAUUCCAAGAGCAGAGUCAGCAUCCAGAAGCUUCAACAACCAGCACAUGCACAACUGAGAGCUGUCUCCAGAUUCCUCAAAUGCUACCACCAACCCCAUCCAGCAGUUCCUUAACCAAGCAGAAACCAAGACUGAAGGCUGUACCUAAAGAAGCUUCCAAAGAGGAGAAUUUCCAGAGGGGCCCCAAAGAAGUGAUGGUACUGAAAGCAACAGAACCAUUUGCAUAUGCCGUCAGUGAAGGAGAGAGAAAGAUGUUUCAUGCCACAGUGGCUACUGAGAGCGAAUUCUUCCAAGUGAAGGUGUUUGAUGUCAGCCUGAAGGAGAAGUUCAUCCCAAAGAAAGUCAUCGCCAUAUCAGAUUAUAUUGGCCGCAAUGGGUUCCUGGAGGUCUACAAUGCCUCAUCUGUAUCUGAUGUUAGUGCUGACCGAAAGAUGGAGGUCUCAAAGAGACUCAUUACAAAUGCUAAUGCAACUCCUAAAAUCAUUCAUCUGUACUUGCAAGCUCCAGGAACAUUUGUGAAUGGAGUGUAUCAGGUGCAUAAGAAGAGAGUGUGGAAUGAGUUCACAUAUUAUGAAAUACAAGAUAAUACGGGGAAGAUGGAAGUCGUGGUGUAUGGUCGACUGACCAAUAUCAACUGUGAGGAAGGAGAUAAACUUCAACUCAUCUGCUUUGAAUUGGCAUUAGGUGAGAGUGAGAGGCAGCUGAGAUCCGUAAUUCACAGUUUCAUCAAGGUCAUCAAGACCAGGAAAAGCAAGGACACAACCACUCAAUGCUGAUUCAUAUAUGAAAACCUCACUAGAUUUCUCCUUCUUAAAACCUGAAUGCCAUUAAUAGUGAUGUUAAUGGAGAUAAGAUUUAAGUACAAACAUAUAUAUGUAUAUAGUACAUAUGUAUAUGUAUGAUAUACAGCAAUAUAUAUACCAAGCAUUAAUUCUUGGAAAUGGAGUGUUACAGGUGUUUUUCAUUUUCUUUUUAAUUUUUUUCUCUACCAUCUCAAUGCCAUAUUUUACAUCCGUAAUUAUUAUUACUUGGAAAAAAUUAUAAACAUCAUGUGUUUCUCUAAAGGAGUGUUUCCCCAGGAGUCUAAUUCAUUGGUGAAUUGUUUAAAAGCAAAUAGUCUGUACCCGCAAAUCAGGGUAGGGCACACAGGCCCCAAGGAAUGUUAUGAUUUAUACUUUAAGUGUGAUAUUUACAGGAUAAGACUCCAGUCAAGAAUGGACAUGUUGAACAGGCUAUUCUCUGCUCAAAAGAAACCCGCGAGGGGGCAGACGGGGGCUGAAAUCCAGUCUGUGCUUCAAUUGCCAAGCACCAGGUCCUAGGAGGGGUUGCUUUAGUCCAGAACAAUGAAUAUCUUUUCAGAAUUGGUCUCCUGGAGGGGGCGUAAUUGGAUAAUUUGUCUGUGAAAUAACACAGCUUCUCCUGAUUAGCAGGAAGACACUAGUAUAUGUUGGAAGCAAUUCCAGCCCUGUCUGAUGUGAAACAACCGGUUCCACUCACUUACUCAAGUACCAACAGCUCUGUAGCUCUCCAACCACAUUUCCUCGUCUCACAUUGCACAUAUGUGGAUUCCAUCAGGAAGUUGCCCCAGGAAAAGACAGGCACUAGGUAAACACUGAAGAAUCAUUAAUUCACUUUAGAGUACAAUGGCAGAAAGUAGAUAUCUAAAACUGAAAUUGACAAUAUAUUUAAUGAUCGUAUAUUUGAUACCUGGUGUUUUGCAAUUAUUUUCUGUCACUUAAUCUUCAUACUAGCUCUGGAGGGUUGAUAGUGCUCUCCUUUUUAUUCUCCUAAUGAGAAUAACCAGGAACAGAGAGGCUAAAUCACUUCCCUAAUGAUUUAGGACAGUUCCAUCCUAACAAGAAUUUUCUUCACGCUACUUGUCGACUCUUCCCCGAAUUCCAAGCUCCUGGCAACCACUGAUAUAGUUUUUUAACUUACUUUUCACCUUAUCCAGACAUUCAUAAAAUGAAAUUAAAAAUGUAUAUAGAAUUUUGA